GUGAUGGUGAUGUUCUUAUUUCAAAUCAUUUCACUUUCACAAGAACUUCUCCGAGAGUUGGCUUAGAAAUUUCUAAGAAAUGAGUUCUCCAGCCAUACAACAAGAUGAGAACGCGAUCCAAGGUGCCAACGACAUGCCGAAAUGGCUUGAUCAAUUCCUUGAAAAGACAUUUUUCCGAAAAUGUUCAACCCAUCAUCUCCGGAAGAACGACUUAAACCGCUACUGCAUAACUUGCAACGCAUCAGCUUGUAAGCAUUGUGUUGCAACCAGUGUUCACAUUGAACACGAGGUGCUGACGAUCUACAGGCAUGUCUAUCAAGACGUUGUUCCCCUCGACCAGAUGGAGCAGCACAUUGAUUGCUCCAAAAUCCAGACUUAUAAAUGCAACAAAAAGUGGGUUAUAUCGUUGACUCCCCUUCCUCACACUGGAUCGGGUUCGCUCAUAGAGGGUGAUGGAGCUUGCAAAGUUUGUAAGAGAAAACUGACCCAUCGUAGUGAUCGUUUUUGCUUCUGCAGCAUUGCUUGCAAGUUCCAAGCAAUUUCUAGGAGGAACAGAAUCCAGUUCCGUUUACGUGCAAAGAAGACUUCUCAGACAAAGGCUGCAGUUUAUCAGCAGGCAUCAACAUCUGAGAGCAAACGUAAGCGCAGCAGAAAAGGGGUGCCUCGUAGGGCCAUUUGAACUGGUUCUGCGGGUCUAAGAAUUUGUUUAAACCAAUGGAGUUUUAUCGUAGAUUUACUUUAAGGCUUGUUUGGUGUGUUUUGCAUUAUGUGAUGUUGUAGCAUUUUGUGGAUUGGCAUUGUUGGCUCUGUUUGCUUAUUACAUCCUUGGAUGAACAGCAUGAACAUGAAGGACAUGAGUUUUAUGAAUAGUAGUUUGGACAUGAU